AUGGUCCAAUGUGACGCAUGCGAUACUUGGUGGCACUUCAGCUGUGCUGGAGUCGCCGAUUCGAUCGCCGAUCGUGCAUGGAUAUGCAUUCGAUGUAAACCUCACUCCCGUGCAUCGUCGAGAGCCAGUGUCGCUAGUCGGUCAUCAUCGCACUUAACGGAUAGCAUGGCCAGAUUGCGGGAACGCCAGGAGUUGGAGAAACAACGAGCGGAGAUUGGACUGGAAAAGAAGUUCUUGAAGGAGCAAAAGGAACUACUGGAAGUUUCGAUCGCCGCUGAGGAAGAGAGAAGGAGCCGAGUGAGUCGAGUGAGUCGAGCGGACAGCAUCGGAAGAGUGAACGAUUGGAUUGAAAAUAGCGCGAAUCCACAAUCUAGCGCGACAGGCGGAAAUCAAAUGCCAGCAGCUUCGGAGAUCCAGCAGCAUAAUCUUCAAUCCACUGAUUUGAAUUCCGAUGCGACAGUAGGAGAUCGAACCAUCCUAACAUUCGACACUACCGAAGAUCUAAGCCACCUACUAGUACCUACGAUAGAAGAUAACGUGGAUCGGCGAGAGACUAUGAAUCUGGUCCGUGACUUGCGAGCCAGAUUGGAGCAGUGUUUAGCGCAGUCGGAACCAACCGUCCCUCACAUGACUCACUUACAGCGACAAUUGGAAUUGUGCCGGAUGGCAAUGGAAGCGAUGCAUUCAACCGUACAUCGUUCGUCAAUAAUGCCUCCAACAGGAGGACUGACUACCGAAGGUACAACUGGCGAAGACGGACUGCCGCGACAGAGCGCAAAAUCACUUGGUGUGCCGUCUCCUAGCGUAUUACCUUCUAACCCUAAUCCUAACGUAUCACUUGAGUCGUCAGAAAAACAGCUUGCAAUGCAGCAGCCUACGAUGCAACCAUCAAUGACUCCGCCUUCGGUUCAGUCUUCAGUGAUGCAGCCAUCAGUGCAGCAACCUACGCUGCCAUCGUUAGCGCAGCAAUCUUCCACUCAGUCGUUAGUACCUCCACUUCAGCUAAUUUCUCUGCAGAAUCCUCAAAUGCAGUGUCUCCGGGUGCAAUUUCCGCCGAUGCCGCAGAAUUCAACGCAGCAUCAGUCGUCUCAGCAUCUACCGGUAAUGCAGGUUCCAAGGCAGCCUGCUUCGGUGCAGAAGAUUCCAGCGCAGCAGAUUCCGGUACAGUCCACUCCGUGGCAACCUUAUCAGGUACAACGAUCUCCAGUGCAGUAUCCACAUGUGCAGCAACCACCAGCGCAGUAUCCACAGGUGCAGUGUCAUCCGAUGAUGCAGUAUUCAGUUCAGGAUUUACCUAUGCGACAAUCCCAUAUACAGCAACCUCCGAUGCAGCAGCAUCCACUGAACUAUCUCCCUAUACAGCAGCCCCCAGCGCAGUACCCGCAAACGCAGCAGUCGACGAUCCAGCCUGAAGCACAAUUUGCACCGAUGCAGCAGUCAACGUAUCAGUCUCCUUUACAGCCGCUUCAAGCGCAAACUCCACCCACGCAGCAGUUUCUGAUGUAG